AGUUUUUAUAUAGCAUGAAGUCCUCCAUUACCUUAUCUUUUGUUACUGUUCUUGCCUUCCAACAAUUGGUUGUCGCUCAAGAAGAUAACAGCGCUGCUGCUGCUGCUACUGUUGCUGCCACUGAUGCGCCUGCUGCUGUUACUGACAUUUACUGGUGGAAAACGCUUUUGACUGGUACUGAAGUUAACAAUUACAUUACUGGUUCGGCAGGUGCUACUGCUGAUGCAACUGCUACUGCUGAUGCUACUACUCCUACCGCCGCUGCUUCUGAAGACGCUAUGGCUACCACAAGUGCAAGCGAAAAAGCAAUGACCUCUGUUGCUGCUUCUGCUGUUAGCACUGAAUCUAUAACUGAUGCAGUUUCUGCUGCUAUUAGUGAAGUAUCUGAGGCUAUUGCCUCUACAACCACAGAUACUAUUCGAGCUGCUUCUACUUCUAGCGCAAUUGCUUCUGCUAUCUCUUCUGGUGCUAUUCCAUCUGUAUCAGGAACCAGUAUGUCAGUUUCUGGAGUAUCCGCAUCCGUAGCAACUCCUUCUUCUUCUGCUGUUGUAGCAUGGUCAAAUUCUUCUUCUACUGCUGCUAUUCCUCCUCGUUCAUCUGCACCCAAUGUUCCUGUGGCUGCUAGUAGUGUUGUAGCUAAGCCCAGUGGAUCAAUCAUUCCUCCUGCCACUAGCAGUGGCUCCUCUCCCGUAAGCGGUAGUGCUCAAAUCGUUGCUGAUCUAGGUAGUGUUUUGCUUUCGGUAACAAUUGCGGCUGUUUUAGGAAGUAUCUUAAAUUAGAUGGCAUCUCCUUUUUAUUCCUCUUUUUAUUUUUUAUACACACAAUGAUAAUAGUAAAUAAAGCCAAAAGAAAAAAACAAAAGCCUUG